GCACACGGCUCCACGGACUUGGACGGUUUUGUUGUGGUAAUUAACACCGUAAACAGCAACUGUUCAUGUGUGCUCAUAUAUGAAAAGCAUUUUAGGGGGCCCGAAGCGAUCGCCUAGCUUAUGGGUAAGUCCGCCCAUGAAAAGGAUUCAGGGGGGUCAGUAAUCCCUUUGCUUGUUUAUAAUAUUGGGUUGGCUAUGAGCAGUUGCGUCCUCUGUUGGUUCGCUGUUCGUCCUACAGCAACAUCAAAGGCUGGAUUGACGGGGAAGGAUGUGGUCCUUUUUCGCACGGGAUCCUAUUAAAGACUUCAAUUAUGAACUUUUACCCGAAAACCAAGAAAAGUCAGGCAUAUGGACUCUUAGUCGGGGCAAGCGCAAGACGACUGCUGAGCCAGUGUCAGUCUUCGUGUAUGAGGUUUCCCAGGGAACAGAGGAGCAGACACAGCUGGCUAAAGCAGCUUUCAAACGCACAAAAACUCUCAGACAUCCCAACAUCUUGUCCUACGUAGAUGGGCUUGAGACAGAGAAAAGCUUGUACAUUGUCACAGAGCCGGUGACUCCUUUGGCUGCUCAUCUGAAGCUCCAGGCGGAGAAGGGUGGUGCGAGUGAUUUAGAGGUGUCCUGGGGCCUUCAUCAGAUUGUGAAAGCACUGAGCUUCUUGGUGAAUGAUUGCCAUCUAAACCAUAAUAACAUGGGCAUGUGGGCUGUCUUUGUGGACCGUGCUGGUGAAUGGAAACUAGGAGGGUUGGAUCAUGUGACCUCAGACCAGGGAGACACCACUUCCUUACCACCACCUAAAGUGAUCAACCCCGACUUAGAGAGAUACGACCCUCCAGAGAGUCCUGGCAGUGGUGGAGAAAAAUGGACAGGGGAUGUGUGGCGCCUCGGUUGUCUCAUUUGGGAAGUAUUUAAUGGAAGUUUACCACGUGCCUCCUCGUUGCGAUCUCUCGGCAAGAUUCCAAAGCAGUUAGUGCCGCAUUACUGUGAGUUAGUGGGAGCAAACCCAAAGGUUCGUCCCAACCCUGCUCGGUUCUUACUGAACUGCAGAUCUCCUGGAGGCUUUAUGAACAACAGCUUUGUGGAGAGCUGUCUGUUUCUGGAAGAGAUACAGAUAAAAGAACCUGCAGAGAAGCAGCAGUUUUUCCAAGACCUGAGUGAGAAUCUUGAUUCUUUUCCUGAAGAUUUCUGUAAACACAAAGUGCUUCCUCAGCUCCUUACAGCCUUCGAGUUUGGCAAUGCUGGCGCUGUUGUCCUCACACCGCUAUUUAAGGUAGGGAAGUAUUUGACAGCUGAGGAGUACCAGCAGAAAAUCAUCCCAGUCAUAGUCAAGAUGUUCUCCUCUACUGACCGUGCCAUGAGGAUACGACUGCUACAGCAGAUGGAGCAGUUUAUUCAGUAUUUGAAUGAAGCCGCAGUUAACUCACAGAUAUUUCCACACGUGGUUCAUGGCUUCACAGACACAAACCCUGCCAUCCGAGAGCAGACUGUAAAGUCUAUGUUGCUGUUGGCCCCUAAAUUAAAUGAGACCAAUUUAAAUCAAGAGUUGAUGCGUCACUUCGCGCGCCUGCAGGCCCGGGAUGAACAGGGUCCCAUCCGCUGCAACACCACUGUUUGCCUGGGCAAAAUUGCCCCCUACCUCAAUGCUGGGAUGCGCCAGCGUGUUUUAAUCUCUGCAUUCUCACGAGCAACUAAAGACCCGUUUCCCGCCUCACGUGCAGCAGGCGUGCUGGGAUUUGCUGCCACCCAUCAGUACUACAGUGUGGCCGAAAGCGCCAAUCGGAUCCUGCCCACGCUGUGCACACUGACUAUGGACCCAGACAAAAACGUCAGAGAUCAGGCAUUCAAAGCCAUAAAAAGUUUCCUCACUAAGCUGGAGACUGUUUCUGAAGACCCCUCUAAACUAGCUGAAAUAGAGAAGGAUGUGACUGCAUUGGCGCAGACAGGUGGGUCAGCUGCCACAUGGGCAGGAUGGGCGGUAACCGGGGUCUCCUCUCUCACCUCCAAACUUAUCCGAAAUGCUCCGGCUGGUUCGGAGGCAUCACCUGCUGAGAACAGCCCCACCCCUCAACCUGUUGCUGGACCAGUACCCACAAAUACUGCGAACAAAGAAAUGACAGUGGAGCCAGAAGGGGAUCGGUGGGAUGAUGAAGACUGGGGAAGCCUUGAGGACCCUGAGAAAGUACAAACAGAUCCAGACGAUUGGCAUUCUGAUUUGUCGGCAAUGUCCUCAACACAGAAGAAAAGCAAUGUGGCCCGGAAGACCUCUGAGGCAGUCAAGAAGCAGAGUUCUGAUUGGAGCUCUGGUUGGGAUGCCGACGACAGCUGGUCAAAUGAGAAAGACGCAGAUGGUCAGGGUCAAAGUUCACCAGCUGAUGAGGGCUGGGGUAAUGACUGGGAUGAGGAUGGAAACCUGGCUGAGAGUUUCACCCCAACAUCUCGAAAUAAAGCCUCAACCGGAGCUCCGAAGAGUGCCAGAUUUAGCUCUGCGCAGGAAGUGGGAGGAUUGGCCAAUGAUUAUAACCGGGAUGGAGCCGAAGGAAAAUCAACAACAUCUGAUCUCCUGUCCAGUGUGUCACAUCAAAGUACUAUGAAGUCUGAUGGCUGGGAUGCAGACAGUACAGGGGACUGGGGAACAGAAGAAAACUGGGAGUCACUAGAGGGAGAUCAGGGUUUAAGUAAAGCAGAAUUAGCAAAGAAGAAACGUGAAGAGCGGCGGAAGGAGCUGGAGGCCAAACGGGCAGAGCGCAAGGCGGCAAAGGGUCCUCUCAAACUGGGCGCACGCAAACUGGACUGAGCACUGGAGGUACACCAGAUCAUUGACUCUUUGAAGACGAAGGGACUGCAAGAUUUUAAAGAAACAUUCCUUGAUUGAUUCUCACAGCUGUCUGUACGCUGGGCAACUUGGAAGAACUCAAAUUCAGCCAUGUCUGCUGACUGAGGAACAGCUAACACAUCUUAAACUAUGAUAUUCCUCUCCACAGCACCAUGAUUUUAAUAUUACACAAUAUCAUAGUUUACUGAGUGUGCAUGAACUCACUGGUUUGAUUAUUAGGAGUCAAGGGAAAUUUGAACCGUAUAAUCCUAGAUAUCUUUGUAUGUAUGUACAUUGAUUAUGCAUUAUUAUGGACCACUUUGCCCUGAAUGUGGUCUUUGAGGACAAAUGAAAAUGGAUGAUGCAGAGAAAACAUGUUAGUUGUUACUUAAACAUGAUCCUAGGUGGUACAAUGCCAUACAGACAAACAUUUUCAAAACAGGAUUCACUUGACCAAAAAACAUAGUAACAUUGUUCUUUCUGUUUGCCACAGGACAGGGUGAGGGUUGAUGUGGUUAUUAUUUCUGGUUCGUGCCUUCUCUUGCAUUCCUAGUUGGUGGUACUGCUUAUGUUGUAAAAUAAACUAAUCAACAGAGGAUUUUAGUUAAUGAGACAGUCUGUGAAAUCUGGUGCAAUAUUUUCAGAAGGGGCAAUUAAUGUACUGUACACCCAGAUGUAAAAUCCAACUUCAUGUGUAUUAUAAUAAAAGAGGAACAGUCUGUUUUUUAAA